CUCAAUUGUACAUUAGCACCAGUGCUGCCGCCAUACAAACACCUCACAAAUAAAUAAAGAGACGUUAGAUUCUUUUUUGAUUGUUAUUUUUUUUUUCCUUGAUGCUGGUCACAGGCUGAAGAGUGGGAGAGAGAGAGAGAGAGAGAAAGAGAGAGGGAGGAAAGCAGAAAUUCUCUCAGGUGCUUUCACUAUUCAUGAAAUAAUCUUGGCUUUAUCCGUGCGUUGCGAGUUUCACCACUUCCCCACCCCCCAGUGGGACUUCAGAACUAGACGUUAGAAAAUGGGAGGUGCGCGCGAUUUGGAUGGGUUGGCUUGGAGGAAGAGGUGCUUAACCUCCCUCCUGCCAGUUCUGCAUGGUCAUGACCUGUCAUCACGCCCCUUCCACAGCCCACCUCAUCCUAUUGGUCCUGCUCAUUGUCAUUCCACAGUUAGCUGGCACCGCCCCUGUGUGGGGUGAGGCAGGGGAGGGUGGGGUGGAGGGGCGCACCCGGACAGAUCGUAAAGAGGACAACCUUGCCCCCUUUCACUCGCCCCAGCCCCAGAGCCUCUCCAGCCCUGACAACAUGUCCCUAGACUGGGGUCGGGGCCCAGGUCAAGACAGCCAAUUAGAUAAAGUGACGGACCCUGCGCAGGUGCUUGCGGUUCUGCUUGAGGCCCUGGACCACCUGGGGGACAGUGAAAAACAGGCUAGCAAAAACAGAGACUGGGAAGGGGAUCGGAGUCCGGAGCUGCCCUCUGCUGAAGGCUCUGAGGGUGGUGAGAUAAGGAGAACAGAGCAGCCACAGGGAGAGAGGGGGGUGGAGGAGGAGGAGGAGGGGCGAGGGGCCGAUAAGGCUAUUGAACAGCUAAAUGUAGGCCAUUUGGCAGCUGCUCAGGGGGAUGACUUGAAGGAGAGGGAGGGGGAGGAGGAUGACAACACAAGGUCGGAGGAUCAAGGGUGGUCUGUGAAGAAUGUGGGAACAGAUAGCGUAAGGGAGGACGAAAAGAAAGACGAAAGAGAGGGGCGGGAGGAGGGAAAUUACUCGGAAAGUUUCUUAGAUGAGGCCACGCCAGGCUCCACCUCAGAGGGAGAUGACCCUUCCCUGCAGCGCAAAAUAAGAGGCUACUUCCAGAACAUUGACUUGGGUCUCCAAGAUAAUGAGAUCCUGCCUCCUCUGAAGGGCUACAAAGCAUACAACACUCAGUUAGCACGUGCAGGAAAGAAGCAGCACUGGCAGGAGAACCCGUCCCGCAACAGACCUGUGAAGGGGGGCAACUUCAUGGAUGACUUUGAGGAUGAAGGAGAGGAGCUGGAGGAGGAGGUUGAGGAAGAAGAGGAGAGCCUCUCCCACAUGGAGGAAGAGGCGAGAGCGCGGGCGGAGAAACAGGAGGUGCUCCGGCAGCAGGAGGAGGCCGAGCGAGCCAGAGAGGAAGAGCAGAGGCUGGCAGACAUCGCCUCUGACAUGUUGCUGCAGUACAUGGGGAGGAAGCAGCAGUCCUACAUGAAGCCCCGGCAGAAAAGCAGCAUGGGGGCCGCCGGCAACACGGCUGAGGACAAACGCUCAGAGGAGGUCCUUCCUGAUGAAGAUGACCUGGACCAGCAGAUGAUUGACAGGCUUAUUGAGAUCAGCAGCAAGCUGCACCUGCCUGCCGAUGAUGUGAUUGAGAUUAUUAGUGAUGUGGAGGAGAAGAAGAAAAAAAGGAAAGAGUUACAACAGCUGCCAACCAACAGCAAACCUGUUGCCCCACGCUUUAGGCCUCUGGUACCUCCUCCUCUGGUUGCCCCGCCUGUUUAUCACUACACAGCCUCAAAAAACCCCAAGAAAGCCCCUUAUAGGUACAACAAGUCCAACAAGAAAUGGCACAAGGAUAAAGUCAAGUCAUACAAACAGGACUAUUGGUAUAAGCCUCAGAAGCAGCUUGACUACUGGUAUAAGCCCCAGAAACAGUUUUUAGCCUUCCCCUCUUAUCCAUAUUACCAAAAGCCAUAUCGAGCAUACUACCCUGUUUAUUUCCCAUAUCCUAAACCACAAUAUUAUGGCAAGCCCGCCCCCUCCAGAGACCAGACCUUCGGCCCCCAGGAACUUGACCUCCAGGCCCCGAGACGCAGACACAGGGGCGGGGGUAAGAACCGCGGACAAGGCUGGAAGCAGCAGCCACCACCACGCCUGCCUCUUACCCCUUAUAUCUCUAACUAUAUCCUUCCUCACCCACGGACCUACCAACCCCUGCCCCCUCCCAAACCAAUAACCACACCCAGGAGAGGCAGGCGACCCCCCUACUACUAUCCACAAGUCACACCGGGAGAUGACUAUGAGGAAGAUGGGCUGGUGCCUCAGCUGGACAGUGAGGAGGAACUGGAAAACUUUAUUGAGAGGAUCUACAUGAAGCGCAGAAUGUAUUGAGAGACUUUUUUGGACACUGUCCGCUCAGAGGGACUCACAGAUGUGGGAUAGUUAUACAGUAGCGGGAGGAAAGCUAAAGCAGAGGUGGGGGAAAAAAAAAGAUUCAGAGAAGGUGUGUUUUGAGCCUGAUGAGAAAUUUCAGAAGUAAAAAGUUAGAUUUAUGUUGGUUUAAUCACUGUAUUUUUGUUGAUUUUCUCAGUCAGGGAGAGGAUGAAGGUGUCCUAGUUUAAGCUCCCUGUAACCAUGUUCAGCCUCUUGCUCAGUUUACAUUUUGAAACAGAACAUACCAUGGUGUAUGUCUGCCUCCAUUCAGGUCAAUCUCUGAUGUUCUUGCAUAUUUCAGAGAUCUAUAGAGGACACACGCAAACACACACACUUACAUAGAAUCACAUUGUGACACAUUCACAAGCAGAUGUGGCCAUUGUAAGAGAAUCAUGUUUACAACAUCACUUUGUAUCUUUUGUUUAAUAUUCUGUACGUCACAUUACAAAACUAAAGUAGUUCAAUUACUUCUUAUCUACACACACACACACAGAAAAAGAGAAAGAACACGGGAAUUGUCAAAUGUUGACAGUAUACUUUUUGUUGUAUUUGCUGUGUGUAGUUGCCUUUCUCAUUUCUGAUUGGAUCAACCUUAAACAGCUGCAACUUGCAAAGGUGCCAAAUACACACAUUUCAGUAUGUUUUUGUUUUUUUUUCAAACUCAAGAUUCAGAUUUUUGCCUUACAAAGCACCAUGGUUCUAUAAGGGAAAUAUCAUAUUGCAUAAUUCUCUCAUCAUCCCAAUGUAGAAACCCUGUGGACUCCAAAAGCACAAAGUUAAACACUAAACACUUCCAACCUGGUGGACUAAGGGGUUUCAAGCAUUCUGGGAUCCAGAAGUUAUUGUGUCAACAUAUUUACGGCAGAUCCACCGUCGCCACAUCCAUGCAGCGCUCCGUGACUCUGCAGGAGUGCUUCAUGUUUUGGAUCAUUUUCUCAUUGUCCAUCUCCAGUUCACUUUUACUUUGUUUUACGCACGCAUCAUAUCUAUUGUGUCUAUUUUUUUCCUUUAUUUUUAAA